AGCUCUCCCGCAGUCCCACAGAGGGCUCGCUCCCCCACCUCCUGCUCUGUUCCACGCCCCAGAGUCCGAAGCAAAAAUGAAAAGCAUUUACUUUGUGGCUGGAUUAUUUGUAAUGCUGGUGCAAGGCAGCUGGCAACGUUCCCUUCAGGACACAGAGGAGACAUCCAGCUCAUUUCCAGCUCCCCAGAGAGACCCGCUCAAUGAUCCGAAUCAGAUGAAUGAAGACAAGCGCCAUUCCCAAGGCACAUUCACUAGCGACUACAGCAAAUACCUGGACUCCAGGCGUGCUCAGGAUUUUGUGCAGUGGUUGAUGAACACCAAAAGAAACAAGAAUAAUAUCGCUAAGCGUCAUGAUGAAUUUGAGAGACACGCUGAAGGGACUUUUACCAGUGAUGUAAGUUCUUAUUUGGAAGGCCAAGCCGCCAAGGAAUUCAUUGCUUGGUUGGUGAAAGGCCGAGGAAGGCGAGAUUUCCCAGAAGAAGUCACCAUUGUUGAAGAGCUCCGCCGCAGACAUGCCGACGGCUCUUUCUCUGAUGAGAUGAACACAGUUCUUGAUAAUCUUGCCACCAGGGACUUUAUCAACUGGUUGAUUCAGACCAAGAUUACUGACAGGAAGUGAGUAUGCCACUGUUCAGGACCACCUUCAUCACCUGCCAGCCACGUG